GGUCAGUUCAUGAUUCUGUUUUCCAAUGUCACCCGGUUCAUCUCAUUCUCGCCCUCCUAUCUUACCGUCAGUCACCAACAUCCUCUACCUUUUUUAGCAGCGUUUCAUCGUACUCAUAUUCAUUCCUCAACACUUGUGAAGUCCUAUUCUCAUCCAAUACCUGAAUCUGAUGACCAAGUUGAAGACCUAUGUAUUCCAGAUCAUUGGUUAGAGCCAACCAUGGCCUUGCAGGAAUCAGAAUGGCUUAGGAUUACUUUGCAUAAAUGGUUGGAUGAUGAGUACUGUCCAGAGGAAACAAAUGUUGAGAUUAGCCGGGUUGCUGCACAAUCAUACUACAACUCUUUACUACAAAAACAAACAGAUCUUGGUGAGAUUUUAUUGAAGAUGGCUCUUCAAUUAGAAUCUAUCUCUUAUAAAGAAAGUUUUCAUGGGGCUUUCUCUUCAGCUAAUGCUGCUGUUAACUUGAUUGCAGAAAGAAUAGAGCAACUUUGAAAUUACUUGAAUUUGUUUUUGCUCAACUUGUUUUUGUUAAUUUGUAGUUAAAUGAUGAUAUAAAUCUGGUCUUGCUAAUUUCUAUAUGUGAUCUUGUGAUCUUAGACUACUGUUUUAGGAAUAUUAUGAUGCUUAUUUCUUAUAGCAGCCAAUAAAUGAACCAAAAUUAUGCAAAGAAA